CCACAUUUUCCAGAGGAUGAGUGGCUGUGAGUGGGACGAUGAGACUGGAGAGGUUAUAGGUUUUAUGCAUUACGGUUAUGAUGGAGAAGACUUCCUUGCAUUUGACCUGAAGACACUGACAUGGAUCGCUCCAAAACCACAGGCUGUCAUCACCAAACUGAGAUGGGAUGCUGAGAAAUCUAGAACAAAAUACAAUCAGAAUUACCUCGCUCAGAUUUGUCCUGAGUGGCUGAAGAUGUAUGUGGACUAUGGGAAGAGCGCUCUGAUGAGAACAGACCUUCCCUCAGUGUCUCUCCUCCAGAAGUCUCCCUCCUCUCCAGUCAGCUGCCACGCUACAGGUUUCUACCCUGACAGAGCCAUGAUGUUCUGGAGGAAAGAUGGAGAGGAGAUUCAUGAGGACGUGGACCACGGAGAGAUCCUCCCCAACCAUGAUGGAUCCUUCCAGAUGAGUGUUGACCUGGACCUUUCAUCAGUCCCACCUGAAGACUGGAGGAGGUACGACUGUGUGUUUCAUCUCUCUGGUGUGAAGGAUGACAUCAUCACCAAACUGGACAAAGCAGUGAUCAGGACCAACUGGGUUUCUCCCUCACAGUUUCCUGCUGGUGCUGUUAUUGGAGUUGUUGUAGGACUGCUGCUGCUGCUGACACUCUGCAUCACUGGACUCUGCAUCUGGAGAAGGAACAAUCAUGGAUUCAGACCUGCAAACACUUCAGACUGUUCAGCGUCACUGGACAAAAACUUGUCACCUAACUGAUCAAAGCUCCCAGUGAAGAUUAGAUGAAGACUCCAGUAAAGUUACUGUUGCAUCUAAAGUGUUAUUUCUUUUCUAAAAAGCAUUUUAUUCAAAUUUGCAUUUCUUCAAAUGUACAUAUUUAUUUUAUUUAUUUGAUCAAAAUUAAACAAUGAGAUGUGAAGUUACAGAACCUGUCAGAACAUCACAGGAUGAGUCAAACUGCUCAAGUGUGAAUAUAUUUACACACCAAAGAACCAAAGAAGAUCAUUGAAGUGACAGUCAGAGCUGACAGAAGCAUAACUGUGAAGGAAAAUCCUCCAGGAGUACAACAUCUGGAGAAAACUGAGGAUGCCAUACAGCUGCUUCUGCAGACUCUAUCUGGAACACUUAUCAGUGUUUUACCUUAUCUGGUUUAUAUCAUUAGUCAAGUCUUUAAUGUUGACCCAUAAGAAUUUGUAAAUUUGUUAAUAAUCUUGUUAUUGCAUCGGUUCCUCUGGAGAGUUAAUGACCUGUGUGGUUGGUAACUGAAAGUACAUUUACUCAAAUAUUGCAAUUCUGAGGAACUUUUACUUAAGUUAAACAUUUUCAUUCUAUGUUACUUCAUUCUUCCCCUCCACAACAUUUCACCAGAAAUAUUUUAUUUUCCUUUUUUUUUUUAAAAAAAAAAUUAUAUUGUUACUUUACAGAUGAAGUAUUUUAAGAUAAGAUAGAACAUUGUGUCAUACAAAUCUGAUGAUAAUCUUAUUAAAUGUAGUGUUUUGGAUGUAAAGGCCCAGACACACCAAACUGACUUCAGAGAGCUAGCAGCAAUGAACACCCCCUGCUAUGUUGCCUGACGUGGCCAUGUCUUGACCAAAAAAGUUGCACUCCAACACAUUGCAAAGACGAUGGUCAACCAGCACAUAUGUUCAGCACCUGCAUGAGAGUAAAUAACUCUCCACACCAGCAGUCUGUAAUCCUCAUUCAAAGAGGAGCUAAAGACUGUCUUGAUGCUAGUUAGCCAGUUAGCACAUUAACAAUCCAAUCCAAUGCUGAACAACAGAGCAUAUUUACCAUGCGCCAGUGAACAGUAACACAAACCAUCACAAAACGUUUCUGCUAGAAAGCUCAUGGCUAAAGAAAAAUAAUCUUAUCUUAUGUGAAAAGUUUGUUUUGGUCUCACUCCUCUGGACUUUUGCUCUUUGUUUACUUUCCUCACUUUGUUUCUCUUCUCUUGCGCUGAGUUGAACUGCCAGUCAGAGUUUUUCUUUCGCUGUCAGGCUCGGCCGCCAAUUCAGCAUGCUGAAUUUGGCCAAAAAAGAGCCGAUAGGGCAGAUGAGGGGCAACGCUGUGGGAAAUACUGCACCGACAAGGGCGUCUGACGCUCGGCAAUGGCCCAACUCUGACCAGCAGCUGACCUGUCUGGUGUGUCAGGGCUUUAAUGUUAUAGAUGGAAGUGUCAAGAGAUGGUGUGAUUUUACACCAGGCUAGCAUACUUGUUAUUCUUAAUGAUGUAUUAUUGCCUAAAUUAGACUGGCUGUAUUGAAAUGUUUUAAUCAUGGUUUAAUUUCACAACUGUGACAAACAAUGCUGAGGCUUAGAGCAAACAUUAUCGUUGCCUGACUGUCCAUGACGGCGGGUCAGGGAGAAGCGAUGCAGCUCUGGGAGUUUGAUUUGUGCGUA